AUGGCUCCCGCAUUGGUUGAGACCGCCACCACCACCAGCUCCGGACCGGUGCCGGCAUCUGUCUAUAAGCUGGAUCUUGGACAGUACAAGGAGAUUGAUCUGACCUACAUCGAUAAGGAUGCUGAAGCGGGCAAGACCGACGGCCCUGCUGCUACGUACCCUCACUACCUUCCCACAUGGAACCCAGCACAGCAGUAUCCUCCUCUGCAGCCCUUUGAGCACACUGAGCACGGCAAGGAUGCCGACACCUCCUAUCCCAACCUUCUCCCCAGCGGCGUCCAGGUCACGGACCUCACUCCCUCCAUCGGCUCUGAAGUGAGAGGCAUCCAGCUCUCUUCUCUCACCGAUGCCGGCAAGGAUGAGCUCGCUCACUACGUUGCCAAGCGAAAGGUCGUCGCCUUCCGCGGCCAGGACUUUGCUGAUCUCUCAAUCGAGGAUGCGCUCAAGUUUGGCGGCUACUUUGGACGACACCACAUCCACCCAACCUCUGGCUCUCCUGAGAACUACCCCGAGGUUCACCUCGUCCACCGUGGCGUCAACGACAAGGGCCACCUGGACUACUUCAAGACCAGAACUAGCUCCGUGGCCUGGCACUCUGACGUUUCGUACGAGCAGCAGCCUCCCGGAACUACCUUUUUGUACAUCCUGGACAAGCCCGAGACGGGAGGCGACACCAUCUUCGUUGACGCCGUUCAGGCUUAUAAGCGACUCAGCCCCCUCUACCAGGAGCGUCUGCACGGCUUGAAGGCCACGCACUCUGGUAUCGAGCAGGUCAACGCCGCGGCAGCUCGCAACAGCAUCAAGCGACGAGACCCUGUUGUCAACACUCACCCCAUUGUUCGAACUCACCCUGCUACUGGCGAAAAGGCUCUCUACGUCAACCCUCAGUUCACCCGUGAUAUCGUCGGAUUGAAGAAGGAGGAAUCCGACUCCAUCCUCAACUUCCUGUACACCCAUCUGGCACAGGGCGCCGACUUCCAGGCUCGCGUCAAGUGGGAGGACAAGACCGUCGUCGUCUGGGACAACCGAGUCACUCAGCACAGUGCUCUCGUCGAUUGGGAGAACGGCCAGAGGAGGCACCUUGCUCGUAUCACCCCCCAGGCUGAGAGGCCCUACGAGACACCAUUCCAGGGAUAA